UCAACACUGAUGCCACCCAACUAUUAUAUGAAAAAAAUCAUUGAGCUGAUCUGAAGUCAGUGCGAGGUUACACAAUCCACCUGCACCGUUGGGUUGAUGACCGGUAGCAGACAGGAAGCGGUCGCUUUUAGGAAACACAUGCAACUUAGCUAAUAUUCCUCGCCUGCAAAGAUAGGACUCGUCAUGUCCUCCGAGGCCGUGCUAACUGUACGUCUGGUCCGAUCUUUUGAGCAUCGCAACUUCAAACCGGUAGUCUUCCGAGGCGUAAAUCUGGAUCAAACAGUGGAGGAUUUCUUUGAAUUAGUAAGAAAUGAUAUCUCCAAAAGAGAGGGAUUGCCUCUCCCCUUUAAGAAGUUCGGAUAUGACACAAUGAAGGUCAUUCACCAGGCACAUGGAGCUAAGACCAAUGAAUUAGUGAUGAGUCUGGAAGACGAUGACAAACUGAUAUUGAGAGAGGGGCUCAGCCUGAAAGCUGCUGGAGUCGCCAAUGAAACGGAGUUAGCCUUCUUCCGGAGAGAAGACUAUGAAAUCUACAAGGCUAACCCAAAGACCUCGUGGUAAGGAGAGCAGUUGCCUUGGAGAGUUCGCCUGGGCAUGGGAGAGAGGAUUCUGAGAAAAAAAAAACACAAAGAGCAAAGCCAGGACUUGGGUUACAGAGGGAGCCACAGCUCCCAUAUUCUAGGUUCAGAUGUUUCAAUUUCAAGGAGAAUGGAACUGUUUUUGUUUAUUUUAAAGAAGGCCAAACACUGCAAACAUGUUGUGCUUCACCAUGUGUUUCACAGACCUUGCUAAGGUGGUGAUUGUUUUUGGUUUAUUAGUUUAUUAUUAAGACAUGAAAGUGAAUGUACAUCCACUCUAUAUUUAUGGAAUAAACAGCUCUAUC